AUGUUAACAGCAAAAAUUGGCCGGCUAGUGCCACCAGAAGCGCAGCCAUACCACCAGUACUAUGCGCAACUUUUCCAACCAUACGUGCCGUACAGCGAGGCUCAGCUUGAGUACAUGCUACAAGGGAACCAACUGAUGCCAGCAACUCCUCCUCAAUUCGGUUGGAUUCAAACUGCGGUCAAUAACUAUUAUAACAGUAAUGGCUUCGGCUGA